AUGUUUUUUUCUCCAGCUGAAGGCGUCGAAAUACACAAUCGGGAUUCCACUUGGACUCCUGAGCAGUGGCAUGAAAUGGCUGAGGUUUCGUCAAACGAUGACUCAUCAGAUGAAAAAGAAGUUGAUGUGCACGUGUUAAAGGCCUACAAUGAGGCUAUGACAAGGAUUGCUUCACUCACAGAACAAAAAGUUAAACAUGUUUCCGUUAGGCUUUCAAAGGAAUGGGAAGAAGCAACGGCAAAUGAAAAAGCCCUAUGUUUAGAUCACGUGGAAGAGGCAUGUCGCGCUGUUUGCAAUGUGAUCGCUCCACGAGACAGCGAAGAGUUAUUGCAAGCCUUUAAGACCCCGGCAGUAAAUGAGGUUUGCUCGGAUGACUUGAUCACGCUGAUAACCGCAUACAAACAGGCACCUUCGAAGAACCUGAAAACCCAGAUCUUGAGCAUAUAUGCACCGCGCUAUUCAGCGAGAUUCUUAAAAAAAAUUCACGAGCCCUUUGAAAAACUGAGCGAUCGACAAAUUAAGAAGGCAAGGGCUCAUGCCAAAAAUGUCGGUGCUGGCUUUAACCUCAACAAAAUGCCACACCACAGAGUCCGAAUAGACUUGGUGAAACUUGAUCAUUUUCUGUCUUUUGUAGACCAACCAUAUUUUUAUCAAGAUGUGGCCUAUGGAACAAGGACUUUAAAACUUGACUCUGGGGAUCAUCUCGUCAUGUCAAAUGUCAUCAGAAUUGUUGGACGAUCAACGAUGAUUGAACAGUAUCUUAAACACUGUUGCGAGGAAGAUUUCGACCCCCUUGGAAAAUCAACGCUUUACAGAAUUUUGCAAGUAAGAGAGGCCUCUCAAAGGUGGUCCCUUCAAGGGCUAGACAACACUGCAGUAAGCGGAGCGGAAGGGUUCGAAGCAAUGCACAAGAUAGUAAAGGAAUUGGAGGAGGGUGGGGCAACUGAAAAGUGGUGUGAAGAAGUUCGAAGAACACUGAAGGAUGCCAAGCGAUACAUGAAGACAGAGUAUGGGAUGCACUGUCAGGAAGAUGGUAGUCCUUGCCCUGACCAUAGUAUGUGUUUUUCUUUAAGUGAUCCUCAAAACCCCGAGUUUCAAGGAAGUUGUUCCCAUGAACAUCAAGUUAGCUGUGAUAGUUGCGAAAGUUUGAAAUCCGUGAUUCAGGCAGUUGGAAAAGAAAUUGAAACUCCUUCGAUAACUUUUGACAACAUAUAGAAGAAAGAGGACCUGAAACACGACCACGAUGAAGCCAGAGAGGCGAUUUUUCAGUGGCAGGCGCAUAUCAUCAGGACUUAGAACCAGGAGAGAAUAAAACAGAAUUUGCUCACGUCCCUCCAAAAGAAUGCCUCCCUUAUUGUCAUGGACUGGGCCAUGAAGUUCAUCCAACUGAAAUACAGAGAAAAGCAGUCUGAGUGGUUCGGAAAGAGAGGAAUAAAUUGGCACGUUAGUUCAGUUAUUACCAGGAAUGCAGAGAACAACGGCCUUGAGAUUGUCAUAUGUUCAUCUAUUCUAAAGCUGUGCCCAACACUGGUAUACGGUUUGCGCAAUUCUGGAAAACCUUCUCGGCAACAUCAAACAGAUCAAGCCUACCGUAAACGAGGUAUUUUUGCGAUCAGAUGGCGCAGGCUGUUACCACAACAAUAAUCUAAUUGCAGCUGCCUCUAACGUUAGCACAAGGGUUGGAAUCAAGGUGAUGAGGUAAGUUAAAAAGGCUUUUUAGAUUACAACACGAACACAUUCUUCAAAGUUGCAUGCGCCUUCCAAAAGCAACUUGAUCGACUUCAGAACUAAACUUUCAUGCUGUUUCUGUUCAUUAUAGUAAGUGGUAUUUCAGAGCCGACACAAACAAAAUAGAUCAAAAUCUUUUGAUAAUAUACUGCAGGAAUGUAAUUAUCCUCUGAACCCUUGAAACAUCACAUACUGUCGAACCCCUGUUUAAAAGCGAAUUAAAACGCAUUUUUGCUAAACCGCAGUAGUUUACUUAUAAUUGCUCUAUGCAAAGUACAAGUAGCGAAUGAAUGCUUACCUUUCUCAAAGGACAUCCUAGGAGAAUUCAAGUAGGUUUGUCUAUUUACCGUAUUGUCCUUUUGUUGCCUCUUCUUUAGAAUCGUUAGAAGUAUAAUUUUCAUUUUAACAUUUUCAUGAUGAGCAGAAUGUGCUGGUAGAGGCAGGAACAUACACUGAACUUACGUAGCAACAUCUGUAUUAGUAUGACAGGUAUUGAUAGAUCAGUUAUUCUAACUGAGACACUUCCUUUCCUUAUUCUAAAGGUAUGAUUUUUCUGAACCUCAAUCUGGCAAGGAUGUUUGCGAUCGCAUCAUCAGUCCAAUGAAAGGGGCAAUUCGUAGAUACUGCAAUGAAGGCCAUAACAUUUUGACAGCAGCUGACAUGCACGAGGCAUUGAAAGUGAGACAAGUGAAGGGAUCAUCAGCUGCUGUUUGCGAGAUUGAUAGUAACAGAAAAGAAGUAAAAAUUAAGCGCAUCAAUAAUUUCAGCUUUUUUCACAAUUUUGCUUAUGAAAAGGACGGUCUUCGUCUCUCAAAAGCCUAUGGGGUCGGAAAGGGCAAAUUAAUACCAUGGUCAGAGCUUAUCCUUGAGAAGCAUGGCCCUGUUGUGUUAAGGGAAGUUGGGAAUCAUGGUUUCUUUGCCAUAGCACCACGAGCCAUAAAACAGAAUCGCAGUCACAGCCAAAUUUCCAGCGAUAAUAAAGACAUGCUGUUUCACUGCCCAGAACAAGGAUGCUGCUCUGAGUUCACUUCUUCAGAAGAACUCCAAGAUCAUGUGCACCUCGGGAAGCACAGCGAGAUAAAAGCUUCUGAAAGCCUUUAA